AUGAGCUUCCUCUCCACAAGCGUCUUCAGCCCAAUUGCCUUCUCCCUGGGGCUACUCCUGGUGAUGGCUACUGCUUUUCCCACUCCAACACCCCUGGGAGAAGAUUCCAAAGAUGUUACCCUAAACAGAUUACCAUUCACCUCUUCAAACAAAACCGAAGAACUAAUUAAGUACAUCCUCAUCAAAAUCUCUGCUCUGAAAAAUGAGAUGUGUAAGAAGUAUGACAAGUGUGACAAUAACAAGGAGGCACUGGCAGAAAACAAUCUGAACCUUCCAAAAAUGACAGCAAAAGAUGGGUGCUUUCAAUCUGGAUUCAAUAAGGAGACCUGCCUGAUAAGAAUCACCACCGGUCUUUUGGAUUUUCAGAUAUAUCUGGAGUACCUUCAGUAUAAAUUUGAAGGUGAUAAAGAAAAUGCUGAGGCUGUGCUGGACAGUACUAAAGCCCUGAGCCAGAUUCUGAGGCAAAAGGUGAAGAAUCCAGAUGCUCUCACAAACCCUAACCCAACUGCAAAUGCCAGGCUGCUAGAUGAACUAAAGUCACAGAACGAAUGGUUGAAAAACACAACAAUUCACCUCACCCUACAAAGUCUUGAAGAUUUCCUGCAGUUCGGCCUGAGAGCUAUUCGGAUAAUGUAG